AUGUCCGGAAUGGCAGUACGUCCUCCCCACCCCGAAAACACACACCCAUUGACAAAUACCAAAACCAAUACCAACACCAGGGCGACAAUCGCUCUUCCUACGAGGGUAACAGUCCCCACCCUACCCGAAGAAGCCACCGACCCCAUCACACCCACCCUGCACAACCCAUCCCAGUCCUACGCCGACCACACCCAGGAAUCGGCCAGCAGUGUCGCGGAGAAAAUCGCCGAGGCGAUGCAGCCGGGCGAUAACAAGAGCACGACGAGGCUGUUGUCGGAUACGCCGACGGGGAUGCGGGCUGGGGAGUGGGAGGCUUCUGUUGGAGGGGGAGAUAGACGGCGGGAUCGGGAGAAGGAGGAAGAGGGGAAGGGGGUGUUGCAGGCUGCGCAGGAGGCUGUUGCGAAGGCGCUGGGGGGUGGGUCGCGGGUUGAGAUGGUCGGGUUUGAUUACGGCUGUCUGGGUGAUGCGGAUAUGGGAGUUUGA